ACUGAUGGGCACUGAAAGGCAGCACUGACUGGCACUGAUAGGUGGCACUGAAAGGCAGCUCAGAUGGGCACUGAUAUGUGGCAUUGAUGUGCACUGGUUGGCACUGAUAGGUGGCAUUGAUGUGGCACUGAUGGGCACUGACAGCUGGCAUUGAUGGGGCUACACUGAUGGGCACACUGAUCAUCAGUACCCUGAUGAUCUGUGUAGAUGUCCCCUCUGAGGAAUCUCGUGAGGAGAGAAAUGCCAAUAACCGGCAUUUCCCUAUUUACAUGCGAUCAGCUGUGAUUGGACACAGCUGAUCACAUGACCAAGCCGACAUCUUCGGC